AUGGCUCUCAAUAGUAUCAUAGAUAGUGACAACGAGAUCGAUGAAAGAGUAGACAACAUCAUGGCCGACAAAAACUACAGUAUUGCACCUGAUGAUAAGGGCAAAGAUCCCUUUGAAGGAGAAAGACAAUUCGUAGACGAAGUUGACCGUGAUAUGGAGGUAAAGAAACCUAGACGCCUUCCCUUGAACUAUAAGGGAAGAAGAGGAAUUAUGCCCACAUGGAAGUACUCUGAGAGGCAAAAGGCUAAGGCCUUACUUGUAGAGGAAGCAUACCAAAAUCUACUAGCAAGAGGCGUUCAGGGAUUACCACCAACAAUGGGAGGUAGAUGGCGCACGGAUGAUCCUCAAGUAAAUGAGGAAAUCAAAAGGAUUGAAAAUGAAAGGAAUCCUAAGAUUAAGCAUCCUAGAGGUAGACCACCAAAGGCAAAGGUUGAUGCUGAAGUGAAGAUUCCCAAAAAGAGAGGUAGACCACCAAAGGUAAAGUCUGAUGCCGAAGUGAAGAUUCCUAAGAAGAGAGGUAGACCAGCAAAGGCAAAGACUAAUGUUAAGGUUAGAAAGCAAACUGUAGCCGAAAGAUUCCUGAGCCAAAGGAAGGUAAAACUAUCGGUACCAGCUGAUAGUGUUAUAACACCAACAGGUCCUGGUAAGUUCACAAUUCACGUGGAUCUUAAUAAGAGACCCGUGAGGAAAGCUCCUGAGGUACCUAAGGGUGUAGCUCCAUGGAGACCAAUACCUAAGCCUAGAACAGUACUUCCUAAGGAAAGACCUGUACCGAAACCUAGAACUAAGCUUCCUAAGGAAAGACCAGUUCCUAAGCCUAGAACCAUCAAAGUAGUGUCUCCUCCUAAGUUACGUAAGCCUGUAAGAGUGUCGAGGGAAGUCAAGGAGCAGCCUAUAGUGGUUACACCAGAGGAACAUGAAAUCGAUCCAUUUGGAACAGACCUUGAAAAGCCAUUCCACAGGAAAAUCGAAACAGCCGCAAAUGGAGCCGCCGUGACUUACUCGAUAACUCCUCAUUAUAUGGACCCCCUGAACCAGAUGACUGCAAGUAGACAGGUAGUGAGAGGAAUACUUGUGAACGAGUUGAAGAGAAUGGGUGGGUUGAAGUACACAGAGACUCUGAAGGUGAGAAUGUCAAAGGAAAUUGGUGACAGGAAAACCAAGAAGGACUCAGUCUACUUCAAAUCUAAGACUGGUACUGCAACUAACUUCGAGGAUAUUGAAAGUACUGCUGCUCAAAACCAACUAACAAUAUUGUCUAGAAUUGAAACCUUCCAAAACUUAGGUUCAAAUUGGAUUAUACUCAAUAUUGAGAGUCAUUAUGUAAACAUUGCAAUGUAUAAACCAUUAAGGGGUAGUUCAUAUAUGAAACUUCCGCGGGACAUUAGUAAUCCAAAGUGUGGGCUCAUCAAUAUGAAGAACAAUGACAACCUGUGUUUUGUGUGGAGUCAUGUAAGACAUCUGAGACUUAAGGCUAGGAGAGCAACCACUAUCACGCAAAAAGAUAGGGAAUUUAUAACGAACCUGGACUAUGACGGUAUAGACUUCCCCGUGAAGAUAAGUGACAUCGAUAAAAUUGAGAGGAAAAAUAGUAUCAACAUAUCGGUGUUCGGUUAUAGUGGUAAGAAACAGUUCUAG